AUGGGAAUUAUGGUAAACGAAUCAUCCUUUUCAAACAUACCCAAGGCAGCUGAUAAUGUUGUUGGAGUCAUCUAUGUGCUAUUUGGCACGUGCUCUCUGUUUGGGAAUAGCAUCUUAUUAUACAUAUCCUACAAGAAGAGGCAACUAUUGAAACCAGCAGAAUAUUUCAUAGUUAACCUGGCCUUUAGUGAUCUUGGAAUGACUUUGAUCUUGUAUCCUCUUGCAAUAACAUCCAGCUUUUCACACAGGUGGAUAUAUGGAUGGCACGUCUGUUUAUUUUAUGCAUUCUGUGGGGUAUUGUUUGGGAUUUGCAGUUUAUCAACAAUUACAUUACUGAGUGUGGUGUGCUGCGUGAAAGUUUGCUUCCCAACGUGUGGAAACCGACUUGACCGCAGGUUGGGAUGCAUCCUUGUUGCUUGUGCUUGGGCAUUUGCCGGAAUAUUUGCUUUCUGCCCACUUCUCCACUGGGGAGAAUAUGGAGUUGAGCCAUACGGUACAGCUUGCUGCAUUGACUGGUACUCCUCUAAUAUAAACAAAGUAGCAAUGUCUUACACGAUAGCUCUAUUUCUUGUGUGCUUUAUUCUUCCAUGUGGAAUCAUCAUUACCUCCUUUACACUUAUACUGAUUACUGUGAAAGAAUCGUGGAAAGCAGUGGCACGGCAUGGUGCUGUCCCUGCCAGGAUGAAGAAUGUGCAGACUAUAAUAAUAAAGCAAAGCAUUGCGGUGUUUAUAGGAUUCUUUACAGCAUGGAGCCCAUAUGCAGUCAUAUCCAUGUGGGUAACCUUUGGAUCUGUUGAUAUUAUCCCUCCUUUGGCUUUUGCAGUGCCAUCUGUGUUUGCAAAAUCAUCAACAAUUUACAAUCCAAUUAUAUACCUUUUCCUGAAGCCCAACUUUAGAAAUAUACUUACCAAGUCUUUUGGAGAGCUUCGGGAGCUUUGUGCUAGACCAUGUUUUUCUUUGGAACUUCUUUAUACUUGCUGUUGCACAACUCUCCUACAACUGCUUCACAAAUGCUUCAAGAAAAUAAAGUCAAUCUGCCAUGGUUCAAUGGAGUCAGCUAAAGGAUAUAACUUUGACACAUGCGAACAGUGCAAAGAUACGUUUGAAUGCUUCAAGCAUUAUCCAAAAUGCUGCAGUACACAAUUUUCUACGUCUUUAGAGUCAAAGCAUCAUGUUUACCAGAAAAACAAUGUUAAGAGGUCCAUAAGGGUCAUAGUGCGUGGGCAAACAACAGUGGAGAUGAAUGACCUAGAAAUUACUUUAGAAGUAAUGCCAGGGUGUAGUAAAUGUACCUAUUGA